GUCCCUGUGCGUGAGGCCGCGUGGCGCGGCGCUGCCCGCACAGCCGCGGGGCCGGGGCGGGGGCCGGGGCUGCCCCAGCGCUCCCGGAAUAGCCACCGGCACCUGCAGGAAGGGGCCGCCUGCCAGACUCGUGGCGUUGUUGAUGGAAAGCGUCUCCCGGGCGCCCACGAAACGUAGUUCGGUGCUGUGUUCGCGCUGGUGAAUGCGCACUUCUCUAAAGCUGCCCUGUAAAGUCUGCUCCUGUUUGCGAACAGCUGCGUGUUCAGAGGCACCUGUGCAUGAGGAGAAGUUUGUUCUAUGGCCUCAGAGCAGGGUGCCAGGGAGGAUGGCAGCUGCUCAGAGCUGGCAAAACCCCUCUAUCUGCAAUACCUGGAAAAAGCUCUGCAACUGGAUCAGUUCUUACGACAGACGUCUGCCAUCUUUAACAGGAGUAUAUCCAGUGAUGAAAGUGAAGAUGGAUUGGAUGACAAUCCUUUGCUGCCUCAGCCUGGGGAUUCCCUGAUGCAAGUUAAGGAAGAGCCUCCAGACUCCUUCCUUGGAGAGUCUUCUGGAGCAGGAAAUUCUGGAAUGCUGAACACACAUUCCCUGAAUGGAGUACUCCAGCCAGAACCAAAGUCUGAAAAAGGGAGCUUGUAUAAUUUUUCCAAACUGAAGAAAAGCAGAAAGUGGCUGAAGAGUAUCCUUCUGAGUGAUGAUUCCAGUGACACUGAUUCACCAAGUGAUGAGGAUGGAGACGAGGAAGAAUUUUCUCUUUCAAGGGAGGAACUUCAUGAUAUGCUGCGAUUACACAAGUAUAAGAAAUUGCAUCAAAGUAAAUAUAGCAAAGACAAAGAGUUGCAGCAGUACCAGUACUACAGCGCGGGGCUGCUCUCUACCUAUGACCCCUACUACGAGCAGCAGCGCCACCUGCUAGGGCCCAAGAAAAAGAAGUUUAAAGAAGAGAAGAAAAUAAAAGGCAAGUUGAAAAAAGUAAAGAAAAAGAGGAGACGGGAUGAAGAGCUCUCUUCAGAGGAAUCACCACGACGCCACCAUCACCAGACCAAAGUUUUUGCCAAGUUUUCCCACGAUACACCACCACCUGGGUCCAAGAAAAAGCAUAUGUCUAUUGAGCAGCUUAACGCACGUCGGCGGAAAGUGUGGCUUAGUAUUGUUAAGAAGGAGUUGCCAAAGGCAUACAAACAGAAAGCUUCUGCCCGUAACCUCUUCCUAACCAACAGCAAAAAGCUUGCCCACCAGUGCAUGAGGGAGGUACGUAGAGCUGCUAUCCAAGCACAGAAAAACUGUAAGGAGACUCUACCACGAGCACGUCGUCUCACCAAGGAGAUGCUUCUCUAUUGGAAAAAGUAUGAAAAGGUGGAAAAAGAGCAUCGGAAACGAGCUGAGAAGGAGGCUCUGGAGCAACGCAAGCUGGAUGAGGAGAUGAGAGAGGCUAAGAGACAGCAGCGAAAACUUAACUUCCUGAUCACACAAACUGAAUUAUAUGCCCAUUUUAUGAGUCGUAAACGAGAUAUUGGACAUGAUGGGAUACAGGAGGAAAUCCUGCGCAAACUGGAAGACAGCUCUACCCAAAGGCAGAUUGAUAUUGGUGGAGGAGUAGUGGUCAACAUCACCCAAGAAGAUUAUGAUAGCAACUAUUACAAGGCCCAAGCUCUGAAGAAUGCUGAGGAUGCUUACCAGAUUCAUCAAGCCCGGACCAGAUCAUUUGAUGAAGAUGCAAAGGAGAGCCGGGCAGCUGCUUUACGGGCUGCUAACAAGUCUGGUACUGGGUUUGGAGAGAGCUACAGCUUAGCAAAUCCAUCUAUCCGAGCAGGAGAAGAUAUUCCACAGCCUACCAUUUUCAAUGGAAAACUGAAAGCUUAUCAACUGAAAGGCAUGAAUUGGCUGGCCAACCUAUAUGAGCAGGGCAUCAAUGGAAUCCUGGCAGAUGAAAUGGGUCUGGGUAAAACAGUACAAAGUAUUGCUCUCCUUGCACAUCUGGCUGAGAGAGAGAACAUCUGGGGACCUUUUUUAAUAAUUUCACCUGCCUCUACUCUGAACAACUGGCACCAGGAGUUUGCCAGAUUUGUACCUAAAUUUAAGGUGCUACCUUAUUGGGGAAAUCCCCAUGAUAGAAAAGUGAUCAGAAAGUUCUGGAGUCAGAAGACAUUGUAUACUCAGGAUGCUCCUUUCCACGUGGUAAUUACCAGUUACCAGCUGGUAGUGCAGGAUGUGAAGUAUUUCCAGCGAGUGAAGUGGCAGUAUAUGGUGUUGGAUGAAGCACAAGCACUCAAGAGUAGCUCCAGUGUUCGUUGGAAGAUCCUACUACAGUUCCAGUGUCGAAACAGAUUGUUGUUGACUGGGACCCCAAUCCAGAACACGAUGGCUGAGCUGUGGGCCCUGCUUCAUUUUAUCAUGCCAACACUAUUUGAUUCCCAUGAAGAGUUCAAUGAGUGGUUUUCUAAGGACAUAGAGAGCCAUGCAGAGAACAAAUCUGCCAUUGAUGAGAACCAACUGUCCCGCUUGCACAUGAUCCUAAAGCCUUUCAUGUUGAGAAGAAUCAAGAAGGAUGUGGAAAAUGAGCUGUCAGAUAAGAUUGAAAUUCUUAUGUACUGCCAGCAGACAAGUCGACAGAAGCUCUUGUACCAAGCUCUGAAAAACAAAAUCUCUAUUGAUGACCUCCUGCAGUCAUCAAUGGGCACUACUCAGCAAGCACAGACCACCACUAGUAGUCUCAUGAAUCUAGUCAUGCAGUUUAGGAAGGUGUGCAAUCACCCAGAGCUGUUUGAGCGACAAGAAACUUGGUCUCCAUUUCACAUCUCCCUAAAGCCAUACCAGAUUUCUAAGUUCAUCUACCGUCAUGGACAGAUCAGGGUCUUCAACCACUCACGGGACAGGUGGUUACGGGUUUUACUUUCGCCAUUUGCACCAGACCACAUCCAGCAGUCUCUCUUCCACAGGAAGGGCAUCAAUGAAGAAAGCUGUUUUUCUUUCCUCCGGUUUAUUGAUGUCUCUCCAGCAGAAAUGGCAAACCUUAUGAAUCAGGGACAUUUAGCCAGAUGGUUAGCUCUUUUCCUGUCUCUGAAAGCAUCAUACAGGCUCCAUCACAUGCGUUCCUGGAUGGAAACUGAAGAGGACAAAGAGCAGGGGUCGUGUUUUCUGAGGAACAGGGAUUUCUUGCUUGAUGUAAAUUUCCCACUGUCUUUCCCUAACUUGCACAGCUGCACUUUGCUGCAGAACCUGGUGUUCAGCAGCCACUGUAAAGCAGUUACUGGCUAUUCAGACCAUGUCAUAUACAGAAGGAGAUCAGCUACCUCAUGUGUACGAUGCUGCCAGGUGACUGAGCUGCCGUCCUUCCUGUGCAUAGCCAGUCCACGGGUAACAGCUGUGCCACUGGAGUUCUACUGCAAUGACCGAAGUGCAGAAUACGAGCGCAGGGCACUAAGGGAAGGAGGAAGUCUUGAAGCAAAGCAGUGUGUACUCCAUGGAUCCCCUGAGCUUGCAGCUGACUGGCUGAAGCAGUGCUCCCAGUUCUUCCCAGAGCAUCCAGGAGGGCUGCUAGGGAUCAGGCCUCAGAAUGGCUGGUCUUUUAUCAGGAUACCAGAUAAAGAGAGUCUGAUCACUGACAGUGGAAAACUUCAUGCUCUCGAUCUUCUGUUGACACGGCUGAAAUCUCAAGGACAUAGGGUUCUCAUUUACUCCCAGAUGACUCGGAUGAUUGACUUACUGGAGGAAUACAUGGUCUAUAGGAAACAUACCUACAUGAGAUUGGAUGGCUCUUCAAAGAUUUCUGAACGAAGGGACAUGGUAGCAGAUUUUCAGAACAGGAAUGAUAUUUUUGUCUUCCUGUUAAGUACAAGAGCUGGAGGCUUGGGCAUUAACCUUACAGCUGCAGAUACGGUAAUUUUCUAUGACAGUGAUUGGAACCCAACAGUAGACCAGCAAGCCAUGGACCGGGCCCACAGGCUGGGUCAGACCAAACAAGUCACCGUGUACCGCUUGAUUUGUAAAGGCACCAUUGAGGAGCGCAUCCUGCAGCGGGCAAAGGAGAAGAGUGAGAUUCAACGGAUGGUAAUUUCAGGUGGAAAUUUCAAACCUGACACCUUGAAGCCAAAAGAGGUGGUCAGCCUCCUGCUGGAUGAUGAGGAACUAGAAAAGAAAUUGCGUCAGCGUCAAGAAGAGAAGCGACAGCAAGAAGAAACAAAUCGUGUGAAGGAACGUAAACGGAAAAGGGAAAAAUAUGCUGAGAAGAAGAAAAAGGAAGAUGAAUUGGAUGGGAAGAGAAAGAAAGAGAACAUGAACCUUGUGAUCCCAUUUGUUCCCUCAGCUGAUAACUCCAACCUGUCUGCUGAUGGGGAUGACUCUUUCGUUAGUGUAGACUCUGCCAUGCCCAGUCCUUUCAGUGAGAUAUCUAUCAGCAGUGAAUUACAUAUGGGCUCUAUCCCUCCCGAUGAGAGCAGUAAUGAUAUGCUUGUGAUUGUGGAUGAUCCAGCUUCUUCAGCACCUCAGUCAAGGGCAACAAACUCUCCUGCUUCCAUUACUGGCUCAGUUUCAGACACCGUGAAUGGUGUUUCAAUGCAAGAUACAUCUCUCGCUGCGAGAGGCCAGUCAAAUCGGAACCGGGGUCGUCCCAAAAGUGGCUCCAAAGGUGGCACCGGGAAGGGCAGGAGCCGGAAGUCGAUAGCGGGGAGCGCGGCGGCAAUGGCGGGGGCCAAGGCGGGGGCGGCGGCCGCCUCUGCGGCAGCAUACGCAGCCUACGGCUACAACGUCUCCAAAGGCAUGUCUGCAAGUAGCCCUCUACAAACAGCAAUCAUUCGGCCUUCCGGACUUGCAGAUUUUGGACCUUCAAACGCCUCUUCUCCCUUGAGCUCCCCUUUGAGCAAAGGAAACAAUGUCUGUGGGACCUCCAAAAGUUUAAACCUGACCAGCAGUCUCAUAUCAGAAACUUCAAUUCGGAAGCAAAGCAAAGGUGCCCACACCUCAGGUGGUCGGUAGUAAUUUUGAACCCCCAAAGCUUGUCUGAACUGUGUUGGCUUUCAGAGUAGACCACCCUGCCAGUCAAAGGCAUGCUAACAAAUGCCUUGUUGCUGUCCAGCACAUGUGUGGAAAGAAAAUCAAAGCACAGUGGGAGUGGGUGGUUGAUGUGAGCACUUUGAUUAUGUGUAUUCCAAAAAACUAUCUUUGCAGACUCUGCAAGAAGGAGGGAAGGGAGUCUGGAGUAAGAAAGCAUCCAACUACUCCAUGCAAUAUUCUGCAGCUGUGUGUGCUUGAAGUCACACCAAUAUACUUCCUCUCUUGGAGCCUGAGGUGGAGCCCAGCAUUAGUUUUGUCCUAUGAAAUCAGUAUCUGAACCCCAGGAGAAUCCUGUAGAGUCACAAGACAUUUCUGUCCUGGCAGCUAGUCAGUGAACAUGCAGGAGUAAUUGGGGGCUAUGCUGAAGGUGAUGUGUGAUCAAAAAAAUUAUUGGCUUCUUCUGGUGUAGGUCUCUGGGUUCUUUAAAGACUUGAAAUUCAAAGGAAGGUUUCUCAGGUGGUUUCCAGGGAGCGGACUCUUUUCAGCAGCAUUUGUCAGGAAGAUGUUUAGAGCUGCAGAAUACAGGGAGUGCUGUCAGGCCUUGUGAGAGCAGCAGCACAGCCUCUACUUCAAGCGGUGGAAGAAACCACAGGCCAUUGAUUGGUUUGCAUUUCAAAGUUCUCAUCAGCACAAACAUUCACCAUGUUCACAAUGAUUUCUUUCAUUUUUGAGGUGCACAGAAGUCUUAAUAGCUUAGAAACAAAAUAAUGCUCUAUUUGUACAAAUCUCAAGAAGGAGGAAAGCUGAAGUGCUGAGGAGGAGUUUGUGCUGCUUCUCUCACUGUGCUUUAGCAGCGCGUGGAUCUGCAGCUUGCAGUGCUGUGAGAGGAGCAAUGAAAAACAAUCCUGAGUGAGAGAAGACUGUGCCAUUCCCCCUUCCAGCCAAAUUCUGGGAAAAAAAUUGUCUCGUAUCCCAGCCAUCCCAUUGACUGUUCUUGCAAUGUGUUUUCCCUUCAUCUUUGUGAUCAUCACACAUACUGGCGUGGUUGAGUUCACUGCAGUGUGCGGGCAGUAGCCGUGUCCCAUGGGGCUGAUAGAAGGCAGUGCUGCCAGCACCCAUCCGUGUUCUUGUUCCCUGGUUGCUCCUUCCCCAUUCUUGAUGCACAAACCCUGCCCGUAGCCCCUUGCUUUGCUGUAAGCGUUGUCUGCAUUGCACUGAGAUUUAGAUGUGGGACAGUUGUUCUGUCUCACACAUUGAAUUAAGAGGCUGUUCUGCCGGGGCACUUUCAUCCCUUGAGAAAAGCAAGUUGAGUUGCAGGUCUGGGCUGUGACAGUGGAAGAUGAUUUCUUUUUUUAUUAUUACAAUUUUUUUCUGACCCCAAAUCCUUUGCCUGGCGUCCUACAGUGUAGAGCGAGUGCUUCCUGUUGGUUCUGCCUCUAAUUUGCACACCUGAAAAUAGCAGAACUGAGCUUAGUUAGAUUGAUUUUUGAACAGAUUUGCAGGGGAUAAUUGAGGGGGAGGUGAUGUUUAAUUAACUCAUGAAGACUUCCCCCUUCCCCUUCUAUUCACAUGUAUAUAUGAUAUUUAGAGGGAAUCAGACAAAUGCCAAGCCUUUUUUUCUCUUUGAAUGUGCUGUCUAUUUUUGUAACUGAACUUGUACAUAUGUAUAAAGAGAGACACAUCUUUCUUUUACUAACUGGAGGAGAAAAUCUUAAAUAAAAUGGAGUGAGAUAAUUUUAUGUAAAUCAGUGUCUUUGUGGUUUUUAUGCAUGUAGCUGUAUGAAUGAGAGGAUUAGGUAAGAGAGCAUGGAGGUGCUUCUGGAGACAAACACUGCUCAAUGUAAAGCUCUAGAGUGUCUGUGCUCUGCCAAUAUCAUGUUUGUAACCUUCUUCAGUUACAACUGUACCCUUAUCACAUGUUUGUAUUCACUGAUUACCUCAUAAUCUAUUUUGGAGUAACUGUCCAGCAGGUCAAAAGAAACAGUAGUAACUGUAAUAUACCUAAUUACACAGUACCUGAAUUUCAGUGGUUGAAUUCAGUACAGUUGAUUGUUGAGACAUCAUUCUCUCCAAGUUAUUUCUUUUUUUUUUUCCUUUUUUUCUUUCCAGCGGGAGUUAAAAGGACUUUUUUUAUGCACAGUCUUGAUCUCCAAACUGCUAGACAGUUGCAUUAAUUUAUAAUCCAAAGUGGAGAGAAAAAAAAUUAUAAUUUGAAAGGCUUACAAAAAUGUAAUAUGAACUAUUGCAUGCUAUACUUUUGGAAGAUUAAAUUACUGAUAUUUAAAAUACUGAUAAGUAUAAAAAUAAAAAUGUAUUUAAGAGUAUAAAUAUCGUUAGAAUAUAUUUAUAAAAUUAUUAAAUAUAUUUAACAUAAAAUUUAAAAAUAUUAAAAAUAACUUAGUCUUCAAGAGAAACACCGAAUGACAUCACAAGUUGUGGCAAAAGCAGUGGUAGCUCAUCUGCUUGCACAGUUUGUGUCAGGCUGAGAAGUUCAGGAAGAUCUAACAGUUGUAAAAUAAAUGAACUGCUAGAUCGUAUUCAGUUCAAUUGCUAUAGGAUAUUAAACUUCAACAUUCUUGGUAUUAUGCAUCAUAGAAGAAAAGAUUCUGUGACAGUAAUUGAGAAAUUGGGAAAAAUCAUGUGAUGGCUGUCUAGUCUAAUUUCUUGGUUUGGGGAAGGAAGUAGUGAUAUAAAGAUGAAGACUGGGUAUUCAUUUAAGAAGGUAGAGGUAAUUUUGUAAGUAAUACCUGGGGAACACUUCUGUUGAAGUGAGCAAAUGGGUGUGCACAUUGAAGCUUUGUUCUUUUCAUCUGAGCAUCUUUUCACUCCAGCUGUGUGUUAUGCACUCAUAUGGAUUAAUGGCAGAGAGAGUCACUUUACUCCAAGAGAUCAAGGUAUUUUCCAAAGGUGGAUACAAUGCUUGAACUGAGUUUGUGUAUUGAGGUGGACUGGUGAAAUAGCUAUCAGUAUGGUUUGGGGGAUGUUGGGAGUGCUGCAUGUUCAUCAUGCUAGUCGAUUAUAGCAUGUUACUCACUGAUUGCUACAAAACUGUUAAAUACAGUUCAUUGAUCAAUGCUACUAUUGAAGACAUUUAAAGGUGAUCAUUUUCUUAGGUCCUGAGAGGUUAGGACUUAAUUUAAAAGUGCUGUAGUGUUCCAGCCUCACACACAUUUUUGUAGUUUAGCCUACAAGGAUUCUAUAGCUCAGAAGGGUCUCCAGAACACCCUUUGUCCCCUAGCCUGCAUUUUCUCUUUUCUAUUAUAGCUCAAGUAUGCUGUCCUUUCCAUUUAGCCAGACACUAAAUUUCCUUUCCUUAUUCUGCAACGAGAUGAGCUGCAGGUUACUGCAGGAUGGUUUGAACCAGGAACUGCUUUAAUUCUUCACUUCAGGAUAUUACUGCUGCACUGUCCAAAUGUAGUGUUAUUUCUGUGCCUACUCCCCUCUGUCGCAUGCUUUCCCCACCACAGUGUCCCUGCUCUUCGCUGUCCUGUGUCCCCUUUGUAGAAAGCUGCCUGUCUGCCUAGAGCUGUAUCUUGCUUUAUUUCCAUAUCCCCAGAGUAUUUCCUUCAGCAGCAUUUCCCAGUGGGGAAGGCACGCAGAGCUCAGUGGGAAAAGCUCCAUGCAGCAGGAACAGGAUCUGCACUGCUUUGAUUGUCGCUCAGGAAUAGCCAAGUUGCAGCUGAGAGAAGGAAGAGCACAAUUGAUAAAAUCACUCUGGGGCAGGAUGUGGAUCAGUGUAAUUUGAGAAGUGCUGCCCUGUGACCACUGUACUGCAUGUCCUGCUGGUCUUCUCAGUGGAGUGAGCUGGCCUGCUUCUGCUCCCAGAUAGUCUUACAGGCUCCUCAGCUUCUCACUUUUGCCUCCAUCUUUCUUUUUCUGUUGACUGUCCAGUCUGAAAUACACAUUAUAACUCUCAGGGAGCCUUACAGGCAUGUCUUGUGUUCCUCUUCCUGCUCAAGGAGGGAUGGUGGUGCACGACCUGCUGUCCUCUGGAAAUUUCUGUUGGAGUGGCUGGAAAACAAUUUGUAGCUCACUACCCAAAGGGAUGCUGCUUGCAUGUGAAAUAUAACUGAGACAUAUGUACUAAAAUAAAGGUAAUCAUAUCUUAUA